UACCGCAGUCUGAUGGGUCGCUGCUGCCAGCAUCGUCGCCCUUAAAUGCACCUUGUGGUCCAGUGCCACGAAGCAGGGCGGCGAUGGCGAGCGGUUCCAACAGCACCACCUACGAGCACGGUUCGACAAACGUUCAACAUAUCCCAAGCUCUGCUCAAGCUCGAACUCAGCCUGACAUAGAGAGAGACGACUUCUACAAGAACCUCCUUAGCAUUGAGGACUUCGAAACACGACAUCUUUCAGCGCAGCAGCCAAAGCUCAUCCCAAUCGCGAAGGUCAAGCCGAACCCUUUGCACGCAAUACGGUUCCACGACCUCUGCCAGGAACAUGGGAUUGUCCCGUCGUUUGCGUAUCAAGCACUCUCCGGACAGGUGUUCAAAGCGACCGUGACGUUCGGCAACCACAAUCUGGAGGGAGAUUCCGCCUGUGCCUCGAAGAAGCUGGCCAAAGAAGCCGUUUGUAGAGAGGCCAUUCCGUUGCUCGAGGCGCUCAAGCGUAAUGAUAAGAAGCGCAAGAGUUCCGACUCGGAUGCAACGGAAAACGCCGUAUUACGGGCUGAGAACUGGGUGGGCAUGCUAAACAAUUAUUCACAGCAGCGUAAGCUCCUCGCCCCGACCUAUAGCGAGUCACGAACAACAAGCAAUCCGACGCUCUUUUCAUGCACGUUAGCCUUGACAGGAUGUUCACUUGCCGCACCUCCCUUCGGCUUCAAGGAGAGGCUUUAUCCAUGUCUGACGGACGCACGAAGAGCAGCAGCACGAGAGGCUGUUCUCUGGCUGAGAAGCCAGGGUGAGGUCGUCACCGAUCCGCAAGCGGCGUCGGCGAAGCGAACCAUGACCAUACCAGCAGAGCCUGAGCCCGGCCACACCGGCGGCACCCAAAGCUUGGCGAAGGUCGACUUGAAUGGCGGGUCAGACUUGCCCAUGACACAGCAGGUGCACAAUCUUGUAGCAUCCCUGGGUCUCCAUCAGCCAUCCUUUGUAGCGCACUCAUCAGAGCCUCCUACGGUAAUCACCUCUAACGAAAACCCUGGUGCCUUCGUCAGUAUGGCUGCUCAUUUUGCGGAGCGGGAUGUGAAAGCAGAACCCAGACUCGCAGGGCCGAUUGGCAAGGUCGAACGAGUCUACGGUAAGAAGAAGGCUAAGGAGCUCUGCUGCCGCGAGGUGCUGCAGCUUCUGCUUGACGUUGAACGAAGCAGACAAGCAUGAGAAGAGCGCGACAGUAAGCGGAAGAACGCUACGUGAUGCUCCUUUGGUCGAUAUGUUGAGAGAACUGAUAUGAAGGGUAUCUGAGCGUCCCGGCCGGAACUA